AAUUUAAGUUCUAUGUCUAAGUUGAUGGAAGGCAAGAACAUAUUAUGUGGAAAAGUAGAAGUUGCAGACAGAGGACAUCCUGAGAGUAAUAAUCCCUGGGAAAUAAGAAAAAUUUCAGGGACAACUCCAAAUUUUCAAAAAUUAUGAAAUUCACGGAGCUCAAGUGGAGAUCUCCAAAUAAGCAGGUAAUACCUGGGUUCCAAGAGGAAAGAAAAGAAAGCUGACAAAUGUUUAUCGGUGACAGGUGGAGCAGGUAGAGUUGGAAGGAGGGAUCUAGAAGCCCAAGAGGAUGGAGGGACCUGCUAAGCUGGGAGGUGGGGGAGGGGCUGUGGUUCAGCCUCUUUCUCUUUUUACCUCUCCCACGCCCCCAGGAGCCCUUUGUGAUGAGGCCACAGCUCUGUGAUGCAGGCCUGGCCUGUAGAACCAAACGGAACGUCCAGGGCUCAAUUGCCUGAGGGCAGCACUGCGAUUCAGAAGAUGGAGAAUCUUCUCUUCACUCUGAAGAGCGAUAGUGCCCCAUGGCUGAGCCCCAGCUCCACUGCUUGGGUGGUCGAGAUCACCCUUGCCUUCCUGGGUGGGGUGGGGCUCUUCCUUCUAUUACUCCCCUGUCUCCAGAAGGAUGGAUCCUUACCAUCAAAUAGGAAAAAAAGAAACAUGAGGAAGCAUCGGGUGGAGACAAGGAGCAGCAGGAGCAGGAAGAGUGGCGCUCUGCAAGGGAAGGCUCUGCCCUUCCACUGGAGCUCUGGAGCCUGUACAGAUGUCCCUGGGCAGCUGAAGGAGGUUCGGGGCCUGAUCUCACGUCUGCAAAGCCACCUGGCGGAGAUCCCUGACCCUCCAACUGAGGUGUGCAAACCAGCACCUGCCAGAGCCCACCAGACGUGCACGCAGAAUGUGGAAAACACUGCUCCUGCUACCUUGUCCCCACUCGCUGCCCUGGCUCCUCUGGCUGAGCAUCCUCUGCCUGUGGCCUCCACCCUGUCACCAGGCCCAACAUCCUCCGUGGCUUCUGUUGGUUCAUACUCACCCCUGAGUGUCUCUCAGCCACCAGAGCCUUCGCUCCCUGUUGACACCCUCUCAACCCGGCCACCUGUGCUUCCUCCUCCCCCAUCACGACCCCCUGACCCUGUAGCCUCCCAUCUGCCUCCAGCAGACUCCAGCCGGGCUACUUCUCCCAUCCCAGCAAUCUCAACCCUUAGUCACCCAAGCUGUCCCAUCUCAGCUCUCUCCUGGUGGCAGGUGGCUGCCAAGGCCUUGUGCUUCCCCACCUCAUCACAGGAUAAAUCCCAGCAAGAGGGUCUUUCCCACAGCCCAAAAGAGGCCUUGUUUUCGGGAGAACCCACACACAGGAACAUGGAGGCUGGUGGCCCCUCUUUGGUCGACCCCAAAGCCCAGGAGGUAUUGGAGAUACUAAUCACCAAGAGAGCAGGACAGAAGAUUUGGAACGACAAACAGAAGAAGGAAUCAGACUAUCACCUGGAUUCUCUGAGGAACAGAUUAAAGUCCUCAGGUGAUGAGCAGGACACCAGAACCCCGCAACCCUUCUGGACCAUGAAAGACAAACCAGGACAGCUGCCUGGUCCUCAGCAGCUGUCUGAUCCCAAGGUGUUGCAGGGCCAUUUACAGAAGAAACACAGCCAGCUCUUCUGGGGCCUCCCCUUUCUGCACAGUGAGUCCCUGGUGGCUACGAUUAGGGUCUCUGGUUCCCCACUGGAGUUUCCCUCUGUUUUAUUCAAUGAACUUUCUGAAGGCUUUCCAGUACAAAUUCAGACUCAACUAUCUCCACCAAGUAGGCCCCACAUGUCUCUGGACCUGAUGCAGCCUCAGGACCUUCAGCAGAGGUACACACAGCACUGCUGCGGACUGUCCCACAGGCCCCACAUGUCUCUGGACCUGAUGCAGCCUCAGGACCUUCAGCAGAGGUACACACAGCACUGCUGCGGACUGUCCCACAGGCCCCACAUGUCUCUGGACCUGAUGCAGCCUCAGGACCUUCAGCAGAGGUACACACAGCACUGCUGCGGACUGUCCCACAGGCCCCACAUGUCUCUGGACCUGAUGCAGCCUCAGGACCUUCAGCAGAGGUACACACAGCACUGCUGCGGACUGUCCCACAGGCCCCACAUGUCUCUGGACCUGAUGCAGCCUCAGGAUGAAUUCCCAGGGACUUCUCAGGUAAAGGACAGGCAUGGGCCCUCUGUGUUUAUAGGUGGGAGCAGCCAGAACAUGCAGAGAAUGGAGUCCAGGGGCCCAGUGAAAGUCCAGCUCGGGAAGAUCCCAAGCAAGGAUCCAAAACACAGUCUGGGGAGGGUGGUAGAAGAUCUACCCAGGGCUUCAGAAAGCAACUCAUGGAAGGUUCCAGGGGCCAACACUGAGAAAAAAUCAGAAAAGGAAUGGAUGAGGCCAUUGGGAAGUGACUCAGGAAAGGAUUCAACAAGGAGCUCGGACAUGAAGCAUCUAGAAGACACUGCAGAAGUCCUUUUGCACCGGAAAGUGGGGGAGGUCAACGAGGACAUGGUCCCUAUGGGUGUUCAUCAUCCCAGUCUUGCUAAUGGCCAUGUCCUGUCUCUGGAAAACUCAAACACUCACAUGGAAACUGGAAAUAUAGUGCCCUCCAAGGGCAAGGUGUCCCACGUAAACACCUCCCAGCAGCUUUCCUUCCUUGAUGUGCACACUCGACAGGUGCUGGAAGCACAUAUUAAAAGGUUUCAGGCAAGGCACGAGUGGGGCCCGACCCUCAAGGUCCACAAGCCCCCACAUCUUCUUAAGGGACAAAAAGCUCAACCCUUGUCCCUUCCACAGCCUGCCUUUCCCUCAUCAGCCAACAGUGAAUCUGGGGCCAAAUCCACAGCUGAGGCUGCCAAUGUCCCGGGAGUACCUCCUCACAAAGAUCCAGGUGAGAAGGUGGCAGGAAAAACGUCACUUUCCACCCCGUGUCGUCCUCUCCCUGUCCCCUUGCCUGUGUGUAAGGAAGCCCAGGGGUCUGCAUACAAGCCAGAGACCCCACCUGGUGACAAGUCCAGGCCCUCAGAGGGCCCUCCAACAGGACAGGAGGACAGGUGGCCUUCUCAGCCCCUCAUAUGUAAUGUCAUGGGCACAACCUGGCACAGUGCAAAUGUGCUUGGGGCUGGGACAUGCAGCCUAGAGCUGAGUCCAAGCCCAGCAAUGUCCAGGGGCAGCCAGGGGCAGCAGGAGCCCAGGAACCCAACAUUUCAGAACCUACAGAAGAGGCCGAGCAAGAUGUUUGGCCCUACUGGCAAGAGAGAGGGCCGCAGGAGGCCCGCACAAGGAAGGCAUGAACAAACGCUCACAGAACUAAGCCCCCCUGCCCAGGACAGGGAGUCAGUAGAGUCCUUAAGUAGCCAGUCCUCCCAGCUUCUGCCAGGGAAGGGACAGGCAUCUCCAGAAAGCCACUUCAGGAAAAGGAUCAGGCGCUUUCUGCAGUGGAUUGUCCCCAGUGAAAAACGCAAAGGGCAGAAAGAUCCCCUGCAAAAAGACAAGCCCGCAUCAGCCCCUGGCCGGAGCCGGGGACAAGUCCUAACUGGACUGCUUGAGGACAACUGUGUGGCUGAAGCCCAGGUGCUCAUGACCACUGUUGGACAGAUCCUAGAGGAGAAAAUGGGGCUUCACCAUGGACUUUCUGCCUCAACAGCCCCAGUGGGAGGGCAUUCCUGCCACCACAGGGGUCCCUCCUACCCAGAGCAAAGACCGGUGGUGAGAGGUAUGGUUUGCAGUCACCAUGCCACCGCCAUGGGCCACAGCCAUCCAGUCAAGUACAGGUGGAUCAGAGACGGGGACAGCAGUGGGGCCUCACUUCCCAGGGAGCGUGUGUCACCAGCCAGUCCCUGCCGGCAUAGGCCACUGUUGGUGAGAGCCUCAGGCUGCUCCAUUCACUGCCCUAGACACUGUCGUCUUCAGAGAGGUGUCUGGUCUGGUCAACCAGAUCAUGCUUCUCACCUGUUUCCUGGUGGGAAAGGUUUUCCCCAUGAAAAACUUCCAUUCUCACAGAGAAAACCUGUUUUCCCCAAUGUGGGCACACCCUGUGUGUGCUGAUGGCUUCUUCCUCGCAAGAUACGCACUAUUUCCUAAUAAAUGUUUUUCCUCCUCAGA